UAUAACAUCAAAGAAGUUUUUAAUAGGCUGAUUUAUAAUUCUACUUGUACUUCACAUUCUUUGCAUAUAUAUGAAGACAUAUAAAGCAGUAAGGUAUAUCAGGGUGGCAUAGAAUUUUUAAAUCAGUCGCAUUGUGAUGUUUAGCCCACUACAUUACAAAGAUCCGAGCUUUCGAAUGCCCUUUCAGUGCAUUUGGUUAAAAUUUAAUGGUUCUUGGCCGUUAAAAACGAGUUCGAAAAAACCUAAGCCGGGUAUGAGAUAUAAUAUGUUUGCUGUGACCUACUCUUUGUGGGCGUGGUAUGUUAUUGUAUUAGUGGGCAUAACCAUUUGCUUUCAAACGGCAUUUUUGGUUAAAAACUUCGGAGAUAUUAUAAUGAUAACGGAAAACUGCUGCACAACAUUUAUGGGCGCUUUAAAUUUUGUUCGCUUACUGCACUUACGUUUCAACCAGCGGAAAUUUCGUGAACUAAUUAAACAAUUUGCCAUCGAUAUUUGGAUACCAGACAACUUAAAUGCCAACAUCGCAAAGGAGUGUCGUAAGCGCAUGACUACUUUUCAAGUUAUGACGGUUUUGCUGUCUUGUCUAAUACUUAUGUACUGCGUACUGCCAUUGGUGGAGCUAUUUUGGAUUGUUGGGAUCGACGCAUCAAUAAAGCCAUUUCCUUACAAAAUGCACUUUCCAUACGAUCCGAACAAAAAUUGGAUUCGUUAUAUAUUAACAUAUCUAUUUACAGCUUAUGCUGGCAUUUGUGUGGUUACAACUUUAUUUGCUGAAGAUUCAUUAUUAGGAUUCUUUAUAACACACAUGUGUGGCCAAUUUUGCUUACUGCAUGAGCGCAUCGAUGCUUUAAGGAAUUUGACCAAUAAACAAACAUCUUUCGGAAAAAACAUGGAUGACCAGAUUAAACAAAUGCGAAGUCUUAAACAAGCUUCGGAGCAUCACAACAAGCUUAUUUGGUAA